GUGCGGGCUCCUCGGCCGGCUCCCACUGAGGCCCCGCCCCGUUUCCUAACCAUGGUGCAAGCUCCGCCCACAGGCCGCAGCCCCGGUUGCCAGGCAACGGAGAGCUCCGCCCGGCCUCGCGCGGUCUGGCCGGUUCUCCGGGCGUCCCAGGGCUGCUGGCCGGAACGUGGCUCCGCGCGCCUUCGCCGCUUGGGGGUCCUAGAGCCCGCGGGACAGAGUCUCCAGGAGACUCCUGCACGUCGCUGCUGCGCAGAGCCCCGGGCCCUUUAAGGAAAGUAGGCCCGACCCGCGGGUGCGGCCGGGCGCGCGUGUGAGGCGUCCUCCGCGACAGUGUCCCUCCGCGGCGGCUGUGAGGCGGUCAGAAGUUUCCAAGAGUCACUUGGGUCUCGUCUGGGGGAAGACCCGGGGAGCCGAGAAGGCCUUGGCAUUGAAUUCUGAGAACCAGUUCCCGCCUUGUGUUCCCCACACUGUCCCCGGGAGGAAUCGGAGAAGAGCAGAGCGGAGGGAGCCCCCGACACGGUCCACAGGGAGAUCUGUGGGGCGUGGUGAGUGUUUGGUGUCCUCCCAGGUUGGUCCACGCCCCCAGCCAGCUGACCCAGGACCCCUCUGCAGAAGCGUUCCGGGACAGCAGGCGUCAGUCACCAAGAUGUCCAACCCUUUCCUGAAGCAAGUCUUCAACAAGGACAAGACAUUCCGCCCCAAGCGCAAAUUCGAGCCGGGCACACAGCGCUUCGAGCUGCACAAGAAGGCACAGGCGUCACUCAACGCCGGGCUGGACCUGCGGCUGGCCGUGCAGCUGCCCCCAGGCGAGGACCUCCACGACUGGGUGGCCGUGCACGUGGUGGACUUCUUCAACCGCGUCAACCUCAUCUACGGCACCAUCAGCGACGGCUGCACGGAGCAGUCCUGCCCCGUCAUGUCGGGGGGCCCCAAGUACGAGUAUCGCUGGCAGGACGAGCACAAGUUCCGGAAGCCCACGGCGCUCUCCGCGCCCCGGUACAUGGACCUGCUGAUGGACUGGAUCGAGGCACAGAUCAACAACGAGGACCUCUUCCCCACCAACGUCGGCACACCCUUCCCCAAGAACUUCCUGCAGACGGUGCGGAAGAUCCUGUCGCGGCUGUUCCGCGUGUUUGUGCACGUCUACAUCCACCACUUCGACCGCAUUGCGCAGAUGGGCUCCGAGGCCCACGUGAAUACCUGCUACAAGCACUUCUACUACUUCGUCAAGGAGUUCGGCCUCAUCGACACCAAGGAGCUGGAGCCACUGAAAGAAAUGACCGCCCGGAUGUGCCACUAAGAGCCCCACAGGCCCCUUGGCGCCCGAACCACCGCAGGGGCCUCGGAGACGUGGAGGACGACGCUCCUGAACCACCGUCACCUUGCUCUCCGGCCUGAGCAUCUCGGGAGCCCAGGGCUGGGCCGCUGAGCGGGUGUGGGUCAUCAGGAGCCCCAGCCCCAGAUGGCAGACGGCUUCCUCACCAUCUCGAGCCUCAGUCUCCCAUGUGGGACUGAACUUGAACUCUGUAAUUCUGUGUGUUACUAGCAACCGGAAAAGCCCACUGUGUUUUUAAACCACUUCCACUUCCCUGGAGGCGGGCCGGCUUCCAGGCUCUCUCCCCACCCUGGGUGGCUCCCACCUCCCAGAAUUUCCGCCCCCAACCCUAGUCCCCACCCAAUGCUGCCUCCACUUCGCUGGGGAGCGCCUGCCCGGGGCUGCUGCAGCCACAGCCCUGCCUGGGCUGCCUCUCCAGGGCACCCAGCUUGCUGGGCUCCUAACCAAGAGGCUGAGGGGCGUCCUGCUGGCUGAGGGCAGAAAUCUCCUCCCCCAGGCCUUUACCCCCCUGCCGGCAGCCGCUGGUGUCCACUUCACACAGCAGGACGACCUGGACCCAGCAUCGUCUCCUCCCUCCCCAGUCUCUUCCCUUCUUUUUUUUACAGAUUUUUUUUUUUUUUUUUUUUUU